AAUUUUUUUUAACCCAAAGGACAGAGUCAAUUCUUAUGAAGGCUGACUUUGAAAUUUGAAUAUUCCGCAGCAAUGGAAGACGAAUCGACGUUCUCAAUUCUUCCAAAGACAAAAAUAUACGCUAUUAUAUACCAAUUUAGUGUAUAUAACAUAGCUGAAGCUCUCGGAAAUGUAGCGAAAGAAGAUCGGAGAUGCGAAGCCAGUGACUUCGCCUGCGAUGGGUUCGUUUCUUCUUCUUCUGGCGAUUUCAGCGUUUGGUUUGGUGCUGAAUGUUUCUGGCAAUGUGGAAGGUGAUGCGCUGCAUGCAUGGAGGAUCAACUUGGCUGAUCCUUAUAAUGCUCUCCAAAGUUGGGAUGCUACCCUUGCAAAUCCCUGCACUUGGUAUAAUGUUACUUGCAACAGUGACAAUAGCGUGACCCGUGUUGAUCUUGCAAAUGCAUACCUUUCAGGUCAACUUGUUCCACAACUCGGUCAACUUUCUAAUUUGCAGUACUUGGAAGUUUACGGCAAUAAUCUAACAGGAACAAUUCCAGACGAGCUUGGAAAUUUGACAAACUUGGUGAGCUUGGAUCUUUACUUGAACAGAUUAAAUGGUCCCAUCCCAGACACAUUGGGCAACCUUCCAAGGCUUCGCUUUCUGCGUCUGAACAACAACAGCUUGUCAGGAAGCAUUCCCAUGACUCUGACUACCAUUUUCUCUCUGCAAGUCCUUGACUUGUCAAGCAAUCAGUUAACAGGAGAUAUCCCAGUCAAUGGUUCUUUUUCAGCUUUUACUACCUCGAGUUUCCACAAUAAUCCUGGAUUAAAAUUACCAAGCCAUCCAAUUUCGCCACCUCCUUCAGCAUCAUCAUCAUCAUCAUCUCUGGGCAACUCUGCUGUAUCUUCUAUGCUUUCCGUUUCAUCUGGAUCCUUGCUUCUUUCCCUGUUCUUGCCUAUUUUCUUCGUAUUGUCAACUCAUGGUCCUUCCAUUUGAGACUGGAGAGAUUAUUACAUGACUAUGAGUUCCAAUUUCGAUUUUCUAUUUAUUAGCCAUUUUGGCAUUGGUAUAUGUUUUAGCAGUGGUACUGGUAUGUGAGUGGUUUAGCAGUUGUAAGACAAUGGUGUAUCCCCAAUGGGAGUCCCUGAAACUAAUUCCUCAAGGUACUGGGAUUCCAUUUAAGGGGCUGAUUCUUUCCAAUAAAUGUUUUUCCAUA